GGUCCCUCUCCACUUGACUCCAGGCAGCCAGUUUUGUUCAGAUCUUCAACGGAGCAACAUCAACAGUUCAGUGGGAGGUAGUGAUACGUGGACUUUUGUGAAUACUUUUUAACAGUGACUGUUAUUGUGGACUUUGUUAUCAUGGAGGAAACCAAAACAGACAUUAAAUCGAAAAUAUCAUUCAGCGUGGAAUCCUUGUUAUCCUCGACAAAACCUUCCUCUCCGGAAUCGGAGCACGAAGUCGAAGAUACCAGAUACGACACGUCAAGUGACAGAUUAGAAGACGACGAUGAUGAGAACAUCACGGUAGAUGAUGACGAAGAAGAUACAGAUGGAAGAGAAAGCUUGAGUCCGAACUCAUCACAUACGGUGGUCGUUCCACAACCCCUGCAUCCAUCGAUACCUAGGUUAAUACCAGGAGGGCACCCGCAAUGGCCAUUUCAGUGGAUAGGACCUGCUGGAUUUAGGUCGAACUCACCACAAGCAAACCUAGCACAGAUGCCAAACCAAGGUGGCGGACCUCCGAUAGUUAGGUGCGCAUUGAGGAAGCACAAACCUAACAGAAAACCAAGGACACCUUUCACGACGCAACAACUACUUGCGCUGGAGAAGAAGUUUAGGGAUAAGCAGUACCUGAGUAUAGCAGAAAGAGCCGAAUUCUCAAGUUCGCUUAGGUUGACAGAAACACAGGUGAAAAUCUGGUUCCAGAACCGGCGAGCAAAAGCGAAACGGCUGCAAGAGGCGGAGUUGGAGAAGCUCCGAUUAUCCGCCCGACCCCUCCUGCCCCCUAGUUUCGGCAUCUUCCCGGGAGGAGCGCCCCUGAUGUCCCCCUUCCUCGCCGCCAUGGCUCACAGGCCUCCUAAUUUCGCAUUUGCAGGCAGUGCCAUGCUGAAUAUGCCCCAGUGACGAAAACAGGACAACUAAGUUUUGAGGUUAAAUCAUUUCGAGGAAAGAGGAGCUUGGAAGGCUUGAUGGAUGGUACAAAAAGCGCUAGAGAGAUAGAGAGCUAUUUUUGGACAGGAACAUGGAGAUGAGCAAUCUCUUGAAAGAAAAUGCAUGAUAUUGGGUGGUUUCAUUAAUAACUUUGCUCAGGGUCACACUUCAGAGGCAAGGUCUUAUGCGCCUAAGAACAAAUUGACUUCACAGUAUUUCUUUCUUUCAAAGAUUUCUACUGAAAACUUCUACUUCAGUUUUUUUUUAGAGACAGUUGUAGCUCGUUCUCUAUGUAGAGUCUAUUAUCUGGUUGUGCAAGUCCCAAAAUGGAAGAGAAUAAUGAAACAUACCUAUCUCAUCCUAUGCUACUUUUAACGCGUUAACAGUGGCGUACGAUGCUUCUCCCUCCCGGUUUGGUAUUUGACUUACAAAGUGUGUCAUUGAAUUUUGAAUUCACCAACAUAACGGUUAUUAGAGCUGCCACUACAGAUUUGCUGAACCAUGAUUCCUAAAUCCAUGUUCAUACAAAUGUUAUUUUGUCUACAUUUGAAGAAAAUGUUCGUGCAAUUAUUUGAAUACCUGUAGAUUUGAAGUUUGUUUCUUGUGUAAAUAUGCGUAGACAAAAGAAUUCGAAGAAAGCGUAUUUUGUAUUCCUUUAUCUUUGGGACGUCUAAUGUACGAAGUCUAUGGCAAUUUCCCAGUGGAUAAGCAGGACAGAUGUCUUAAAAUAUUGUUAGCUUAGAUAAAUCGUACUUGUUCAUCCAUAUACUAGUGUGAUCAGGAUUUACUAUGAAUUUUGCGCGUCGAAUAUUGAUCACAUUUUGUGAAGUGUAUCAAUAAAAUUUCCUAAGACCCAGUGUAGUUAUACGUACUUGAAAAUCGAGAUAAGUUCUAUGUAUGUUAGACGUUCCUUAGGGAAAAAAUUAACAUUGUAUCUAUUUAUAAGACUGAUUAGUAGUUUCUUUUAUGUAAUUUCCAUCUUGUAAAUGUGUAAUUAUGUUUAUUACUGUACAAAGUUUUAUUUAAUUUUGUUGUAUAUUAUUGUACAUAGAGAAAUAUAAAUAUUACAUGUUUGUUUUUAUAAAAA